GCGGAAAUCAAGAUUCUCCACUCAGAACCGUCGGUUGCUAAUCCGGCACCGUUGCUCCGAGUGGAAGGUUGUUCGUCGGAAUUCGGAAUUUCCUUCUGGUGGAUCGGCCAAAAAUCCUUGGCGCGAAUCAUGUGGCGACUGGAUGUGGUUUCCACGUUGACCUUGGUCGGCGCGAUCUCGGUGACGGCGUUGCCCGCGGCGCAAGAAGACAAAGGUAGCCUCGGCGGUCUCAUUGACCAACUAAGGCCAACCUCUCCGGCUCCAGCGGUGUCUCCGAUAGGCGGCGAUCUCGAUAGUAUUAUCCAAGACGUCUUCCAAAACCUCACCACCACCACCACCCCCAGAAAUCUCAUCCUCGGCACCAACAAUCAGACACCUUCGAAACCAGACGAUUGCGAAUGCGUGCCCUAUUAUCAAUGCAAAGAUGGCACCAUCGUGAAGGACGGAGUUGGUAUCAUCGAUAUCAGGUCCGAUUUUGGUGAAAUUGAUGGGAAACCACCGGGUUCGAUUAACAGGAAGCAACCAGGGGAGCUAAAGAUUCGCGCGGGAGAAUGGGACACGCAGACGAAGAACGAGAUUUAUCCGCAUCAGGAUCGCGAGGUUGAAAGAGUCAUAGUUCACCAAGGCUUCUAUUCGGGUGCGCUCUACAACGAUUUCGCUAUCCUGAUCCUGAAGACCCCGGUUGAAUACGCGGAGAACGUAGAUAUCAUAUGUCUACCAGAGAUGAACACCGUCUUCGACGGGUCCAGAUGCUUCGCCAGCGGAUGGGGAAAAGACGUGUUCGGCAAAGAGGGACGUUACCAAGUGAUCUUAAAGAGGGUGGAUCUUCCUAUAAUACCACAUGAUACAUGUCAAGACAUUAUGCGCACUACCAGGCUGGGAAAAUAUUUUGUUCUAGACGGAAGUUUCAUCUGCGCGGGUGGGGAGGCGGGAAAAGAUACUUGCAAGGGCGAUGGCGGUAGUCCUCUCAUGUGUCCGCUAGCUAGCGAUCCAACUAGAUUUGUUCAAGCAGGCAUCGUAGCCUGGGGACUUGGCUGCGGCGACGACAGAAUACCUGGUGUUUACGCCAAUGUAGCCUACGCCCGUCGAUGGAUCGAUGAACAAAUGGUUUUCUAUAAUUUGGAUAACACCGUCUAUCAAUAUCCCAAUUGAUCGUUUUCAUCUGAUUGUACUGAUUAUAAAUCAUACGUUUGUUUGACAAAGCAUUUCAUCAUGAAUUACGUUCAUAAGUAUUGAAUUUCAUAUUGAAUUUUUUUUUACUCUUUCUUUUCUCCUAUAAAUACUCUUUCAUUGAGGACAAAUAUGAUGUUUGAUAAGCAACAUUGACAGAUGAUAUAGGAUACGAUAAACCUCUUUGAUAUUAAUUAAGAGUCUCGCAUCACUUUAGUUAUGUAAGCUGAAUUACGCAUACGAAAAUGAUUGUUAAUUUAUAUAAACGAUGAAAAAAUAAUUGUAAAAAGCAAUGUAUAGCAUUUUUAUAUGUGACGCAUAAACGAAUAAUACAUUUUUAUUAAAAAGAGAA